UCGAGGCUCCACAAAUGCUCCACUGGUGCACGGUAUGUUAUCAUUCCGUGAGCUAUGAUGUACGUCAGCGUCCGUUUCCUCGAGGCUCGACCAGUCGAGCUUGAGAAAAAUCAAAGCUCCCACCUACCUCGAGACCCAGGACGCGUGGAGAGCGGUGCCAAACCACCAUGGCGAUCCUGCUCCUCUUGCUCUUCGUUUUGUCCUCAGCUUCAGCUGAUGAGUACGGGGAAGAGCUGCUGCAGCGCGCGUGGGGGGAGCGGGAUUGGAUGGUGAGCGUGCGGCGGCGCAUCCACGCGCAUCCGGAGCUCGCGUUCCGGGAGCACCGCACCGCAGCCCUCGUCCGCGAGGAGCUCGAGCACCUCGGCCUUCCCGCCCGCGCCGUCGCCGGAACGGGCGUCGUCGCUGAUGUAGGUUCCGGGGCGCCCCCCUUCGUGGCGCUCCGCGCCGACAUGGACGCGCUCCCGCUCCAGGAAUUAGUGGAGUGGGAGCAUAAGAGCAAGGUGGACGGAGUGAUGCACGCCUGCGGGCACGAUGUCCACACAGCGAUGCUUCUGGGAGCAGCAAAGUUACUCAGCCAGCGUAAGGAUCAGCUCAAGGGAACAGUGAGACUCCUUUUUCAACCUGCCGAGGAAAGUGGUGCAGGUGCAUCUCAUAUGAUAAGAGAAGGGGUUCUGGACGGUGUUGAAGCCAUAUUUGCAAUGCAUGUUGAUUAUCGUAUACCAACUGGUGUAAUAGCAGCUCACCCAGGACCUACACAAGCGGCUGUAUGUUUCUUCGAAGCAAAAAUUGAAGGUAAAAGUGGGAUGGCUGAAACCCCACACUUAAAUGUGGAUCCUGUUGUCGUCACAUCAUUGGCCAUCCUGUCCCUGCAGCAGCUUAUUUCUAGAGAAGAUGAUCCUCUUCACAGCCAAGUGGUCUCGGUUACCUAUGUGAAAGCUGGAAAAGCCCUUGAUGCUACCCCUAACCUUGUUGAAUUUGGAGGUACUUUGAGGAGCCUCACCACUGAAGGCCUUUACUGUCUGCAAAGAAGGGUUAAAGAGGUGGUAGAAGGGCAGGCGGCUGUGCAUAGGUGCAAGGGAGCUGUCGAAAUAAAGGUUGAGGACUACCCGGUGUACCCUGCCGUUGUGAACGACGAGAAGCUGCAUCGACAUGUAGAGGAUGUCGGCAGAGGCUUGCUUGGCCCGGGCAAGGUGAGACCAGGGGAAAAGAUCAUGGCCGGCGAAGACUUCGCUUUCUACCAGCAGCUUGUUCCCGGCGUUAUGUUUGGCAUCGGCAUUAGAAACGAGGAAGCUGGUUCUGUUCACUCGGCUCACAACCCCUAUUUCUUCGUCGAUGAGGACGUCAUUCCUGUUGGGGCUGCUUUGCAUGCUGCCAUUGCAGAACUGUACUUCACUGACGGCCCCCUCUUUCGACAAAGAAGACUAGUGGUUUCUCGUUCGUGCGGUUGGUCUCGGGUUCAGUAAAUAUAAAUAUAGUUUGACAUGUACAAAUGCAUUUAAAAGCUCUUUUUUACAAAAUUGUCAGGUUGUUGAUUUGGCUUUAAUCCGUACUUUCUUCUACAGUAUUUUGUCUGGAUCAGUCCGAACAGAUGGCUUCAGCUGGCCAAUCAGAUCUGAACAUCUGGUCCACCAUGCUGAUCAGCCGCGCUCCGCGGCCAGUAUCAACCUCCAACUAUUUUUCCCUCUGUAACCAGAAACACUACACAUGUUUCUCAACCCUACAGUGGUCUAGCUAUUUUAUU